AUGUCAGAAGGAGCUGUCGAACAACUUCCGACGACUGAUAAACCAGUCGAAAAUAUAGAGGAACCCAAGAAUGAAGUCAAAUCAAACGGCGAUGUGAAUGACGAAGGCAAAACCGUCGACGCCAACAGUAACGAAAGCGUAGAGAAGCCGGCCGAAGUUACCGAAGAGAAGAGUGAAGCCAAGGAAGAGCCGAAAGUAAGGAUUUAGUAUUGAAACUUAACAUCAUAUAGUUGAAAAUUAUUUUAUAUUAUUUGUAAUAUUGUUUUUUAAUUAAUACGAACAUUGUUUUUUUAUGUAAACAUAGCUAAAUCGGGAUAUUUUGAACUAGUUACGGAUUUAAAAUGUUUUUUUAGAAGAAGACGUUACCAAAAUGGAUGGUGCAAUCUGCUGAUGACGCCAACGAAGAGGUAGUGAAGGAAGAAGAAGCCAAGGCCGAAGCCGAGAAAGAAAAGGAAGAAGCUGCGGCCACUGCUGAACCAACAGGACCAAAGAAACGCACUCGCAGAAAGGUGGACCCAGUUGUCGCGGAAGCUGAGAAGAAUGCCGGAGCGAUAUCAGAAAGCCGUCCUCGUCGGUCGACUCGCUCAAACAUUGACUACGCUAAUCCUGACGCUUCUACCGUGAUUGCCGAGAUUGAUGACGAAGAACCAGGAGGUGCUGGUGGUCGUCGCGGAUCUCGGAAGGGUCGUCCACCAGCUGCUGGCAUUGGCCGAGGCCGUGGACGCAAAAGAAAGUCGGAUUCUGAAGAUGAAGGGGACGACGAUGAUGAUGAUGACUACAAAGGUUCCAAAAGAGCUCCAAAGACAGUUUCGACAGGUCGACGAGGACGACCAGCCAAAGCAACAAAAGCACCGGCUAAACGAGGACGAAAGGCCAAGAAUGCAAAGGAAUCUGAUGACGACGAUGAGGAAAUGGAGCUAGACGACCACGAAAGCGAAAAGGAAAAGUCUGGAGAUGAGAUUGAUGAGGGUAAGGGUUAAAAAUCAGAUGGCUUUAUUAAAUUGGUUUUUUUAUUAGCCAAGAGCUUGUUAAUAUUUGUAAUGCAAAUAAACCCUAAAGGUUAUUUUAACGGAACUUACUUUUGUAAUAUUUUAGAAGAAGUACUCCCAUCACCAGCCAAGCGCGGUCGCGGAAGGAAACCAGCUGCACCAAAACCAGAAGGCACUAAACGCCGUGGAAGGCCGCCACGCAACGCAAAGGCUACAGAAGAAGCUCCAGAAGCAGCAGCCGAAGAAGCCGAAGCCGAGAAGCCAGCCGAAGAAGAAAAAAUGGAAGAGGAAGCCGCUCCAGAAGCAUCGGCCGACAACGGCGCUACAGAAGAAGCCGCUCCCGAACUGGAGCCGGCCACCGAAGCCACGGCCUAA